AAGUUCCACAAGUUCAUGAAGAAGGAAUUUGAGCGGAAGGGAAGGAAGCACGACGGUCCUCCCAAAUGCUACGGCUGUGGCGAGAUUGGCCACAUCAAGCCAAGGUGUCCAAAGGCCAAACACGGCAAGGACAAGCCUGGCUUCAAGAAGCAAAGGGCCUACAUCUCUUGGGGUGGCGAUUCCGGCGACGAAUCAACCGACCAAGAGGAGCACGAAGCUACAAAUCUCUGCCUCAUGGCACACGAAGAUCAAAGCAACAACGUCCAAGAGGCCACGAAGAUUUGGACAAUCAGCAACCAAACCUUCCUCAAGCGGUCGGACAACGCCGCGGCUGCCACUGCCCAGCCACGCCGCACUGCCACUGCCGCUGGCCAAGCCGAACCCCAGGCCCGGGCCAACCUCGCCUCCAUCGCCGACUCCCUCAACCAGCUCCACCUCAAGGUUGACGGGAUGGGGAGCUACCUUGAACGGCUCGACGUGGCUGUUCAACGCCAAGGAUACGCGAUGAACUCGUACUUCCAAGGCAUCAACUACGUCCCCCCACCGUACCACGGCACGUUCUUUGGGCAAGUGUACGGUGACGAAGACGAAGCUGAUGACUCCUACGCCCCGUCAAGCUCCCCGGAUGAAGACGAGUUCGACGAUGCCAUCGAUGGGGAUGAGAUGGACGUCGACAACGACGAGGAGGAAACCGAAGACGAAGACUAGGACUCCCCUAGAAUUUCUAUCUCUUUUACUUUAAUUAUCCUGUUCUUUUUUAAUGCUUCCGUUGUAAUCCGCUAUUUCCCUUUGUUAAAUAAAAUCAUUUCGUUUAUCUUUUUGUUAAUGUCAAAUGGCGGAAGAAAAGGGCUAUGCAUAU